AUGGAGGCCGGGACCAGCCUUGCCAGGAGACGAGGCCGGCUGAAUGAUUUCUCUCCUUGUCUUUUCAGCUACGGAAUCUGGCCCUACAAUUUCUUUAAGAAGCUGGGGAUCCCUGGGCCCAGGCCUCUGCCCUUUGUCGGAACGUUCCUUGAAUACCGACAUGGUGUGGUCCAUUUUGACAUGAAGUGUCAUCAGAAGUAUGGCAAGAUCUGGGGAUUUUUCGAUGGCCGACAGCCAGUGCUGGCUAUUCUGGAUCCUGCCAUGAUCAAGACCAUCUUAGUGAAAAAAUUCUAUACCCAUUUCACCAACCACCGGCUCUUUGGUUUGAAUGGAGAGUUGGAAGCAUCCCUAGGUGUCGUCUCAGAUGAGCAGUGGAGAAGGAUCCGCACCGUUCUCUCUCCCAACUUUACCAGUGGGAGAUUAAAGGAAAUGAUGCCUAUAAUCAACCAUUACGGGGAAAUGCUGUUGAAGAAUGUCCAGAUGAGAAUCAAGAACACUGAAUCCAUAGACACAAAAAUUAUUUUUGGGGCCUAUACUAUGGAUGUGCUGGCCAGCACUUCACUCAGCAUUGACACAGACUCCAUAAACAACUCCAAAGAUCUUUUUGUCAAGAAGGUCCAGGAGCUAUUCAACUUGAGCCUUAUAAAUCCACUGCAUAUCCUGACUGUUGUCUUUCCCUUCCUCAAACCAUUGCUGGAUAUACUAAACUUCACCUUACCACCUUCUUCUGUGAUGACUUUCUUUACGGCUGUGGUGAAGAAGAUCAAGAAAGACCGGCAAAAGAAUAAGCAUAUGGACCGCGUUGACUUUCUGCAGCUAAUGGUGGACUCCCAGAUUUCAGGAGACAUCUCUGAUGGGGCAAAUUCAUAUAAAGCUCUGAGUGAUAAGGAGAUUUUGACACAGGCCAUUACCUUUAUUUUUGCUGGUUAUGAUUCCAUUAGCAAUACCCUUGGCUAUCUGUCUUACUCCUUGGCCACCCACCCGGAUGUUCAGCAGAAACUCCAGGAAGAAAUUGACAAGAUACUUCCCAAUCAGGCUCCUCCCACCUAUGAUGUGAUCUUUCAGAUGGAAUAUCUUGACAUGGUGGUAAAUGAAAACCUCAGGAUAUACCCAAUAGGGGGAAGAGUUGAUAGGAUUUGCAAAAAGACCGUGGAGAUCCAUGGGGUGACCAUUCCCAAAGGAACUGCAAUCAUCAUCCCAGUUUUCGUUCUGCAACGUCUCCCAGAAUAUUGGCCAGAGCCGGAAGAAUUCAGACCUGAGAGGUUCAGCAAAGAGAACAAGGAAACCCUUGACCCGUACACUUUCCUGCCCUUCGGAGCGGGUCCACGGAACUGCAUUGGGAUGCGCUUUGCUCUCCUGGCUGUCAAAGUGGCCGUGGUGGUCCUGCUGCAGAAGUUCUCCUUCCGGACCUGCGAAGAGACGCCAAUUCCCUUGGAACUUAACAGCCAGCUCAUCAUUGAACCAAAGCAGCCGAUCAAAGUGAAGUUCGUGCCCAGAAAGGCUGCUGGAUCUGAGGAACAGAGAAAUAGGAAACUGGAAAGAGCUUGAUGCAACUGUCAUCUUUCUGCCUCACAUCCUAUGGAAUUAAUAACUUGAGUGAGUCUUAGGACUGAAGACUACAAAUGGGACACCGUGUUUACGAAUGCUCCCCUUCACAUCACUCAGGACUAGCACCUUGAAGCAGCAGAAUUGAAAACAGGACGUUGUAGUUUUUAAUCUCAAGAAUGUCGCUGAAAUCCUCAUAAUUAUACAUGUAUAAAUCUCUGCUGAGAUAGAAACCUAUUAAAUUAAACAGUACUUACACAGGGAGAGAACUGUACUAUGAUUACUACC